UUUAACGUAGUUUAAUUAAAACGAAACCACUGCUUUCUCCUUCCCCACAGGCCUCUGGGAGCUGCUGCGGUUCAAAAUUGCAAUACAAAAACAGAAACGAAGUCGUUUUUUGUGACCCAACCCCAAUCAAUUCUUUUGCAAUGUUAACUCGGGCUCUUUCGAGGUCAAAAAUCCCAAAUUUCAGUAGCAUAAUAGUUAUCCUUCAAAACCUAACUACUAAACAAUCCAUUAUAGGUCAAACGCAAUUGCCACUCUCAAAAGCCUCAAAUAUCCAAUCUUUUUUAGUUCCUGCUGGGUUGCGGCAAUAUCACGAUGGAAGGCCAAGAGGGCCACUCUGGAGAGGCAAGAAGCUGAUUGGAAAAGAAGCCCUUUUUGUAAUACUUGGAUUGAAGAGGUUUAAAAAUGAUGAUGAUGAGAAGCUUGACAGAUUUAUUAAAACACACGUUUUCAGACUUUUGAAACUGGACAUGAUUGCUGUUUUGUCUGAGCUUGAGCGACAAGAGGAGGUUUCUUUGGCUGUUAAGAUUUUUAGAGUGAUACAAAAGCAAGAUUGGUAUAAGCCGGAUGUGUAUCUCUAUAAGGAUUUGAUUAUGGCAUUACUGAAAACUGGAAAAAUGGAAGAGGCAAUGAAGUUAUGGGAAGAUAUGAGAAAUGAGGAUUUGUUCCCGGAUUCCCAAAUGUAUACCGAAGCCAUUAGAGGCUACUUGAGGGAUGGGUCUCCUGCUGAUGCAAUGAACAUAUAUGAAGACAUGAAGAAGUCACCAGAUCCUCCUGAAGAGUUGCCGUUUAGGAUUCUGUUGAAGGGGCUUUUACCACACCCGCUUUUGAGGAAUAGAGUAAAGCAAGAUUACGAGGAGCUAUUUCCAGAAAAACAUGUUUAUGACCCUCCAGAAGAGAUAUUCGGAAUGCUCUGAGGGCUUCAAAUGGUCCCUCACUUUACUGGAGUUCGUGGUCUUUCCUCAGAUGCUUAAAGAUAGCAGCAAAUGACCUAAUAUGACACCAUUUUAUACUGCGGAAACAAAGAGGUUGCUUUUGCGUGCAAGGACACAUCGCACUGCUGUUCUGUUUCAGAGCUUCACACUCCGUGGUCUCUAAACAUUUUGUUUUUUGGUGGGGUGGAUUAUGGGGAGUCUUACUGCGAUGCCCUAGGUUAGAUUUUUCCGUGUAUUUGUAAUUAACAAAGAGCUGUGUCAUGUGUUGCUGCGAUUGAACUGUCUUUAAUCAUUGCAUCCCAACAGCUUCGUUUGGGUUGUACUUAUUUCAGCCUUUGAUUCGUUUGAACCUAUAACUUUACGGCAUGAAGUUCGCCAGCAUGUCAUAAUCGUGCGUCUUGUGGACGUGGUUUUCGAUAAUGUGGCCAUAAACCAUAAUAAUGCAGUUAGGUUUUCUGAUUUUCAAUUCUCCGAGAUUUUUAAUGAAAUCAUCGAGGCUUUGUUCCCUAAGCUUCUAAACCUAUGUAACAGUACCUGAGGUUUUACGCUAUGUGACGGCUCUUGUCCUUCUGUAGCGUUUAUGUUUCUUCAGUCUGAUGGACUAAUGUGUCGGUUUUGGAAGCUUGAAGACUAUUGGGACAUAGCCUUGCAAGCUUUAAGGACAUAAAAAUAUUGCGAAGUGGUUGAUGCAUAGCUCGUAAUUGAACUGCCUAUCUACAAGCACAGAGGGCAAGUGUCCGAAAUGAGGAGCUCUCCAAUGGUGUACAAUGUCAGAAGUAGGGGCAUAAGCAAAGCAUCAUCACAUAUUGAAAGUCACUAGACUGGAUAUCGAGGAGGAUUUAGAAAAACCAAUAUGGAAUGAUCUAACGUUGUUAGACCGGUAAGCUCGGGGAAACCCGCAUAUCCAUUUAUGUUUGCCUCGUAGAAACUUCAUUUGUGCCUUCGAAUUUCAAGCGUCCUUGUUUGGCUCCCCCUGGAGCUCUCAAAUUGUGUUGAUGCUGUCCUUGAGUUUCAUGGUAAGAUCGACGAGUGCAGGCUAUAGCCACAUCAACCAUCGUCAGCACCAGUCAAGUGGAAAUAUGGACCGAGUGAAUCCGGAUUCCAAUUCUCCGUUUUGAUUCAGUAAUGAAAUGGACAUUGCGGAUUAAAAAAUGAUCCUCGCGGGACUAUUUUUCUGCGCUUGGAUCUUGGUGUGUGACAUUUGUAUGUUGUUUCUUAUUUUUUUUUCUGUUUUAAUAAAAACAAUAUCCCAGUAUUCUUAUUUCGAGCUAUUAUUCUACGGUUC